AUGGAGACGGGUGACAAGCCCAAGAAGGCGCAUCGAAAGAGGGCGGCUGGAACCAAGGCGAAGAAGAAGAAGGACAAGAAACAAGACGGAAAGGCAGAAAAGCACAAUCCCAAGGCUCACACAUUUUCUGGCGGCACGCGAAGUGUACAAAAGCGUGUGCAGUACACCUUGGAGAGGCAGGCCAAGAAACAUAAAGUGCACAAAGUCGACAAGAAUCCGGAGGUGCCUCCGCCAUUCGUUGUUGUGGUGCAAGGCCCGCCAGGCGUUGGAAAGACGACGCUGGUGCAUUCGCUCGUGAAACACUACGCAAAGCAACGCCUGAUCCAAAUGCGCGGCCCUGUCACCCUGGUCAGCGGCAGACACCGCCGCUUGACCAUCAUCGAGUGUCCACAGGACAUGUCGGCGAUGCUGGAUCUGGCGAAGAUAGCCGAUCUGGUGCUGCUUUUGGUCGAUGCCUCCUAUGGCUUUGAGCUGGAAACCUUUGAGUUCAUCAACAUACUGCAAGUGCACGGCUUUCCCAGGGUCAUAGGUGUCUUGACCCACCUUGAUGCUUUUCGGGAAAACAAGCAGCUUCGCAAGGUGAAGAAAAGCAUGAAACACCGGUUCUGGACCGAGCUCUACGACGGUGCAAAGCUCUUCUACCUGAGCGGCCUCCAAUACGGGCGCUACCAUCGGGUUGAGAUUCAGAACCUGGCUCGUUUCAUCGCUGUGCAGAAGGUCCCGCUCUUGUCCUGGAGACAGAGCCACCCCUACAUCCCGGCACUCCGGUGGGAGGACAAGACAGACCCAACCAGCCCUGAAAGCGCCCCAAGGCGUCUCGACUUGUACGGCUACGUCUACGGUGGCCGUCUGCGAGAAGGCUUCGAGGUGCACCUUCCUGGCGUAGGUGAUUUCAACAUCACUUCUAUCAAGCGCCUCCCCGAUCCGUGUCCACCUCCCAUGGAGACGGAGGCCGAGCGGAGGCGAGCCGCCGGCAAAAAGCCCGGAGAGAAGAUGAAAAAGAAUGCCCUGCGCACGCUGGCGGAGCGCCAUCGCGUCAUCUACGCACCGGGCUCCGACAUUGGCAGCAUCACCGUGGACUCCGAGGCGAUGUACAUCUACGUGCCUGAUCAGCAGGCGGGUUUCACCCCUCGGGAGGCAGAGCCAGCGCAGAAUGACUCGCAGCUGCCGGAAGCCGUGCGGCUGGUCAGGGCUUUGCAAACCUCGGACGCAGCUUUGGACAAGGCUUCGGAAGGUCGAGGCAAGCUGCGCCUCAUUGGGCAGACCGCAGUACGCCUGGGCCAGACGGACGCCUCAGGGAAGCCUGAAGACCAGCACCAGAGGCGACCGGCCCCCGAGGGCGUACUCGAAGCCAAGGAGGGCGCGGAGGAUGCGGAGGGUGAAUCCGGCGAGGACGACGAAGAAGGCGAGGAGGAGAGCCCAGAAGCAGAUCCUCCUGAGCAGGAUGAGGAGAUGCGCGAGCGCGCGCAGCAGCGCUUCGCCCGAGGGCCGCGGCUGGAAGACCUGGUCUACGGCCGGGAUCCUGCGGCCGUAGAGGAGCAGUUUGGAGGGAGCGCUCCCUCUCGACCGGGAACACGCCCCACGGACCACGACACCGUGCCUCUGUUUGACGAGGAUGAGGACGAGGGCACGGAGGGCGGCCCUUCUUCGAGGCAGCCAGAGAGCACCAGGAGGUUGCUGGGCAAUGUCGGAGACAUGAACGCGCUGGACACGGUGCGCAUGCCGAUUCUGCCUGGGCAGGAGAGGCCCUGGAGCGAAGAGCGGCGCGAAAGUCUCAAGGCGCGGAAGUUCAUCACUGGCGGCUGGAGCUCCGCAGAGGAGGAGGAGGAUCCGGAGGCCGAGGAGGCAGGGGAGAAGGACAACGACAAGAAGGAGGGAGACCCAGAAGACGGAGAGAACCCGGUGGAGCCGAAGCAGGAGGAGGGCGACACUCCGGACCCGGGCCUUUUAGAGGGCUUCUCCGACAGCUUUCCCAUCGGCACCUUCGUGCGAGUGCGGCUGGAGGAUGUUCCUGCUGCCUGCGUUACGGCAAUGCGUGGGGAGAGGCCGCUGAUUCUCGGCGGUUUGUUGCCGGGUGAGUCGCGCAUGGGCCUGGUGCAGACCAGGGUCAAGAGGCAUCGAUGGCAUCCGAAGCUGCUGAAGAGCUCCGAUGCCCUGCUUCUGUCGGUCGGCUGGAGGCGCUUUCAGACCGUGCCCUGCUUCUCCUUGGAGGACCGGGGUGAGAAGCGCAUGCGCUACCUGAAGUACACUCUGGAGCAUGCCCACUGCACCAUGACCAGCUACGGACCUAUGGUUCCACCCAAUACGGGAAUCCUUGCGUUCAGGAGCUGGGAGAAGGUGGGCCAUUUUCGGGUGUGCGCCACCGGUGUCGUCAUGGAAGCCGCGCCCAACUUCGACGUGAAGAAGAAGCUGAAGCUCGUCGGAGAGCCGUAUAAGAUCUUCCGCAACACGGCCUUCGUGAAAAACAUGUUCAGCUCCGACCUCGAGGUGAACAAGUACAUGCACGCCAAGAUCCAGACGGUCAGUGGCAUCCGUGGCGAAGUCAAAAAGGCCGAGGGUGUCAAAGGCCACUUUCGGGCAUCCUUCGAGGACAGAAUACUGAUGUCUGACCUGGUUGUCUGCAAGUGUUGGAUCACAGUGCCGUUUAAGCAGUUCUACCAUCCCGUCAUUGAUGUGCCGAACUGGCGCCCGGCGCGGCUCAUCGGAGAGUUGCGGGCCGCACAAGGCAUCCCCGUUCCGGACAAUCAAGACAGCCAUUACGGGCGGCAGCUCGUCCGACCCGAGCGUCGAUUCAAUGCUGUUCAGGUGCCCCGGAGCCUCCAGGCGGCGCUGCCCUUCAAGGCCAAGACCCGGUACUCGCCAAAGAACCGCAAGACCGGCCUGGCCAAGAAGGCCGCCAUCGUGUCCAGUGAGCGAGAGAAGGCGGUGAAUGCCCUCCUGAACAGGUUGUACACCAUCCGGAAGGAGAAAGCUCGGGUGCGGCAAGAAGGUAGCACCCGUCGAAAGAAGGCAAAGGAAGCCAAGGACAAGUUCAUCCAGGACAAGCGCGACGCCCACCAAAGGGAGUCGCGAAAGCUUCGGUACAAGAAGGAAGGUUGCGCAGAAGCGAAAGGCCAUGAUGAUGGACUGAAGCUUCCUUUCAAGCCCCGGGGCCUGGGCAUCGCGAAGGAGCUCAGGAUCCUGGAGCUCAGGGUCCGGGCCAGCCUCGCAGCUGCGGUCCUCAAGGCGGCAGUCUGCGCCUCCAGCGCUUCGCAGCGGCGAGGUGUGCAGCAAGCAGCCUGGCAAAGGCGCGGCGGCGCCGGGAUACCCUUCUUCCAGCGCUCGCCAUCCGAGGCGCCCGCUCCGGAGCGCUCCGAGGAGGCGCAGUGGGAGUUGUCGGUCCGCCUGGAUGCGCUGAGACUGAUGCAGCAGAUGCACCUUCCGCCGCUGCCGCCAAGCCCCUUCUUGCAGGGGCUGACAGCGGCUGCUGCAAGCUGUGCUGAGUUUCAGACGGAGGACAUGGAGGGACACUGCGCCCCUGAGCAGCUGGAGUUCUUACGGGGCUUCGUGGCUCGUCGCUUCGGCGGCUCGCGUCAAGCCGUGGGCGGCCUCAAGAUUUGCCAGAUAGGGUUCAAUGCCGGGCACAGUGCCGUCGCGCUCCUGGACCAGGCACCCGAAGGCAGCGUGCUGCUGUCCCUGGACUUGUGCCGACAUGCGUACACGCGCCCGCUGGAGAAGUUCGUGGCAAAGACUGCGCAGGACCGCGGGCAGACGCACAUCCUUCUCGAGGGCGACUCGAAGGAGAUGCUGCCGCGGUUUCGCCACAUCGAGUUCGACUUGAUGUUCAUUGACGGCAACCAUGCAUACGAGGUCAGAGACUCAGGGGCCGCCGAGGCCUACCCUUGUCGACUAGUCAUGACGUAA